GGCCGAGGCGGGGCCCCCGAGCACGCGCUCCGAGAGAGCGGGCGGGCGGGCGGGCGCGCGCGCCAUGGAACAGAGGUUAGCAGAGUUCCGGGAGGCCCGCAAACGGGCCGCGCUGGUGGCCCAGCCCUCCACGACGAGCCAGGGCGAGCAGACCUCAGCAGCGAAGGCGGAGCCAGCGGCGGCGACCCCAAAGGCAGCCCCGGGCUGGCUGCGACGCUUCCUGACGGGGAAAGCAAGCCCUGCCAUUACGCGGGCCCGGCCCAGCCAGGUUCAGACACGGUCCUGUGCAGCAACUAAUUGCAAAGAGAACGCGAAGGAAGCAGCCCAGCAGCCCCCACAGAGCCCAGCGGUCCCUCUGCCUUCGUCCCGACACCAGUCUCUCCUGACCAACAUCACCUUCUUGAAGGUUCUCCUCUGGCUGGUCCUGCUGGGUCUGUUUGUGGAACUGGAAUUUGGCCUGGCUUACUUUGUCCUGUCUAUGUUCUAUUGGAUGUACGUAGGGACUCGGGGUCCCGGAGAGAGGAAAGAAGGGGAGAAGAGCGCCUACUCUGUGUUCAACCCCGGCUGUGAAGCCAUCCAGGGCACCCUGACUGCAGAGCAGCUGGAGCGCGAGUUACAACUCAGGCCCCCACGGGGGAGGUAGACCCACCUCAGCUGGUCCUCCUAGCCUCGAGCAUGGACUCCAGAGGACAGAGGACAGCUUACAGGGUGGCCUUGUGACUGCCACACCCUCCACUUCCUCCUCAUCUGCUGCAGUUUCCUUUUUGGACUCCUCUUUGAUUUUGGUGACAUUUUCUAAAAGACACUCACUGUGGGGCUGGUGCAGUUUAUAAAGCCAUGGAAGAAGGAG